AUGGCUCACGGAAAGCGGAGGUCACGCUCGGAAGGCGAGAGUGAGAGAGCCAGUUCUGAGCAUGCAACAAGUCCGGCUCCCUCGUCGCGCUCAUCUGCGAAACAACAAGUCCGACAUCGUGCGUCAAUCGCUUGCGCCUCUUGUCGCGAGAGGAGGAUACGGUGCGUGGUAGGCGAGGGGGAAUCCGAAUGCACUCAGUGCAGGAGGACGGGGGCUGCAUGCAUCAUCAAGGAUGACGAUGAACGGAGACGUCCGAUUUCAAAGGCGUACAUGUCGUCCUUGUCGAAUAGGAUCAAUCUAUUGGAGGGGCUUCUCAAAGACCGUGGCGUUGUCCCUCCCCCGGCUGUACACCCACCCAAGACGAGGCAAGAAGCACAAGCACGGCAGCAGGAGCAGCACCAGGUUCGGACUGGCAGUGAACGAUUAGAGAGUGCAGAACCAAAACUGGCCGCGCCGCACGUCAAUCAGCCCCCCACUCCGCCAGCAUCAGGCGACGAGGAUGUCAACAUGAUUGAAUCGGAGCAGCUUAAAUCUUUCCCCUCGGGCGGCCCCACGAACUUCUCCCGGCUUAUCGACCCGCUGUUGUUGCAAGGGGUGGAACCGAAGACGGAGGCGGGGACUCGCCAUCUGCUUUGUACGAGGGGGAGCUAUACGUUCGACCAAGGACCCAGGAGGACCAGGUUCUUCGGCCCCACGGCCAACCACCAUGUCUACGCGAAAUCAGCAAAUACCUUUGCUCCCUUGGAGCAAUCUAGUCACGUGUUCAGGGCAGAACAAUUCAUCCUCAGCCUGAGGCCGGCCACUUAUGACCAUCUCAUGAGGUGUUUCUGGGAGUACUACAAUUCUUGGCAGCAGGUGGUUGACGAGCCCGCCUUCGAAGCCGGCCGCGCAAGCCAAGACGCCCGGUUUUAUUCCGUGUUCCUCCACCUCACCAUGCUUGCCAUCGGAUACCGCUUUGCAGAUUGGGAUCGGGAGGAUGUCAAAACCGUCACAUUGGGGAACCGGGACAGCACUCUGCACAGGGAAGCCAAGACCAUGCUAGAAGCGGAGCUUGAAAGGCCUGGCGGUGUCCCGAGCGUCCAGGCUCUGUUGAUGCUGGCUGACUUGGAGUGUGGUGUGGGCCGGGACACCACCGGCUGGAUGUAUUCCGGGAUGGCGAACCGGCUGGCUUUUGAUAUUGGGCUUCACGUCAACAUGACCAUGGCAGAUAUGUCGGAGCUAGAAAGACAAACAAGACGCCAGGCGAUGGCAGCGUGCGCCAUGUUCGAUCGGAAGUGGUCACUGCUCAUGGGCCGCCCCACCGCGAUCAAGACUCAAGAUGUCGGCGUCGAUGUGCUGCCAAGGGUUUCCGCGUCGCCUUUUGAGGAUUCAAGUCUUGGGACUGUGGCAAACCAUGCCACCCUCAACCGACAGAUGUUCGAACUCCUGGAGCUCGCGGGCAAAGUGGCUGAUUUCCAAAACUCCACGUACGGCGCAGCCCACCUCUUCUCCUCAAAAGCGGCCGAGGAUAGGGCGUAUCUACAUUUUAUCGGCCUGGAACGCUUGUUCCACAACUGGUACCGCCGGCUUCCCGAGAAUCUGACAUGGAAGCCUGUCAACAUCAAAUCAGCACAUAUGGGAUUUUUCAUCCUUCACCAGCAGUUCCACGUCUGCAUGAUCAUCCUGCACCGGCCAUGGGCUAAGUACGGACCCAUGUCGCUGGAUGGGUCGGUAGCCGCUCGCUACCCCAGCCCCGGGUCGCCCUCUCAAGGAGACGAGACUAGUCUUCCCUCGUGGAUGGCACCCCUUCCCCAUCAUGACAACAGGGCAUCGAUGUCUCGGAGUAUGUGUACACAGCACGCGAUCCGGAUCGCCAGAAUCUUUUGGCACCACCGCCAGCGCUUCGACGGAAAGCGAGUUGUCCUAACGUCGAUCCAGCAUGCCGGCACGGCCGCCCUUGCACUGUUAGCCGCUCUAGCCCACAAGAGUGCCGAGCUUGACCACCACAGUAACCUACGGUAUUUGCAAGUGCUUUCGACUGCCAUCUACGAAAUGAGCCAUCUAUACCAACCAGCUACGAGGAUGUAUCAGCUCUUGAAGGCCAUGCUGGUGGACAUACGCUCCGAGAUGGUGAAGUCAGGCGGCUUUGAUGUCAGUACAUUGGUGGGCAGAUACCAGGGUAGCAACACCGCGUUUGCCGGCAGCCAGUGGACCGCUGAUGCCAGCACCCGGAUGCCCACGGGCCGUCUCGAGGAUAUCGAGGAAGAUGGCCGUGAGAGCAAACGGCGGCGGCUCUCCAGCUUGUCCUCUAUUGACUUUUCCUGCAUCAGCCCGUCAUUCCUGACCAACACUGACCAGGGCCGGCCGACUCCACCGGCAUCAUCCCAAAGCCAGAGCAUCAACCCCGCCGCACUAGACCAAACACCCUCCGAGCCCGGCACCUUUGACCUUGACUUUUUCCACGCGUCUUUCGUGGAUUUCAUCAACACCGGUGGCGAUGGCCCCAACGCCCAAGAAUGGCUACCAGCUGACGUCGAAACCUCCGUUCCUGUCCUAAUCCCGACCGUCUCCGGUGAUCUUUCGGUCGUAGGGAAUAAUACGGACAACGCACCCGCACCAGCCAACAAGGAACCCACCAUUACAACUCUGAAGCCUCCCACGGAUACCCCAGACCAAGUCUCUGCUGCUGUCCCUGAUGACGAUGACACAGCGGUGGACAAGACCAUCGAAGACUGGCUAGCUGAACCAACCAAGCCAGCCGCGCCGGCGACUACCAAGGACAGCCAUCCGGAACCCCCAUCAACCACCACCACCACGCCCCAACCAGCCCAACUCCCCCAACCCAACCCAGUCCCCUCCGCAACCGAACCCCGCGACAGCCUCUCCCACGCAACAGCAGACGGCACGCCGAUCUGCCGCGACCCCUACGUGCUGUCCCUCGAAACCGAGCUUGGCGUCGGCUUCGGCUUCGGCCCCGACACGGGCCCCACCACAUCUUCCAACCCAACAACAACAGCAACAGAAGGCACGGAGACCAUCCACGUCCGCAUCGCCGACGGCAUGGACUGGCUCGCCGCCGCUGCCGCCGCCACCACCACCAACAAUAACAACAACAGCAACGGGACCGGCAAGCCACCGCCCAAUCCCAAACUCAAACCCAACACGGACGCGACCUCGCCAUCCCCACGCACCACCACCACCACCACCAGCGGCGCGGGCGCGGCAGGAGGAGCAGCCGAGGUCCCGCCGGCGCCGAUGACGCCAGUGACGCUGGACGAGCUGGUGCAGAGUGUGGAGGAGGCGGUUGGGUCGGCGCGGGCAAGGGCGCGGGCGAGGGCUGCUGCGGGGAGUGGGAUUGGGGCGGGUGCGGGUGCGGGUGAGGGGUCGUUGGGGUCGUCGUUGUCGUCGCCUGCGGGGGGGAGGAAUAGGGAGUUGGACUUUUUGAUGUUGGCAAAAGCUGCUUCGCAUCAACCCCCGAGAUCCAAUUCGCCACUUCGCGGAACGAUGGAGUCAGAAUCAUCAUCCAUCCAAAUUCCGCCAUUCUUAUCAGACACACCCAUGCAAGGCGACCCCCCUUGCGACUGGGCUGAUUUCCUCUCGCCGCAGCUUCGACGUUUUCGUCGCGCCUACAACAAGGUCACGAUGCGGAAUAGGCUUGGUCAUGGAAUUGAGGGCUGUGUGGCCAGAGUCAAUUUCGAUGACGACAAGUCGUCGUUCGCCCUCAAGAUCUUUUUUCAUGCGCUCCCAGAUGGAGACCGCGCCAAUAGUUGGUGGUCGCUGGAGCGCGAGGCCCGGAACGUCGCGGUCCUGGACAAGAUACAGGCCGGCAUCCGCCAGUCCUCGCCGAAACCCAUCCACGUCCCCGCCAAACGAACGACGCGACUUGACUGCCUGCGCUGUCUUUACGCCUUCUCAGCCGACGGCCGGCGCUCUCGCGAUUUUGACGCGCUCCCGGACGAUUCCAAGGUUGCAGUGUCCGAUUCCGACACCCGGCUCCGCAAAUGCUUCGGGUGGACCCGCGUUCAAGGAGUUGAUUUCAUGCGCAUGAACAGCAUAAUAAAGGUAGACGAGUAUGUCAGGCGGAAAGGUGAGGGCUCUGCCAGCUACCUUGAAUCUGACGCACAAUACUACGCCAUUGUGUACGAGUAUGUCCCCAAGGCAAAGCUCGAGUGCGACUCAUCGAUCCAUGGUUCAAGGCCCGCUGCGCUUACCACAAACACACUACGGCCGAGUACAUCAUCGAUCGAGAAAAGGCUCGAGCAGAAUCAUCCGCAGAAUGGAACCGAAUCAACUCGCGCAAUCAAGGCAUUGGACCCACGGAAGAAUAGAAGCGGAAGCGAGAAAAAGAGAAAGCUCAGUCCGACACAGCAAGUGACCAACGAAGAAAUCAUCGAGAGGAAGCUGGAGCAGGAUCCGCUCAGUCAGAUACGCAUCAAGGAGACAGAACCAGAAACGGUGCUUCGAGCGUGGGAAACGUACAAAAAGCAGAAAAAGAAAACUCUCUUAACCUGA